AAGGAAGGAAGGAGGGAGGUGCAGAACAAAGGGAUGUGACAGACUUCUUAUCUCGGGCUCGUUUGGACUUGGGCAGUUUUUUUUCUUCUCCUUCUCGUUUCUUGCUGUUGUUUUCCUGCGCCGUUGGCAACGCUGGCCAUGUCGGAGAGCAUAGUGAGGAAGGUCCAGCCCUUCACCAUCGGCACCCGGCUGUCGAUCCCCGCCGUGCCGAAGUGCGCGGACUUCCCGGCGGGCUACCUGCCGGCGCGGGGGCUGGACAACUGCACUUUACAGCACAACCUGAACCACGACAGCGUGUCGCUCUACCUCAGCCGCUCCCACCUGCGCGCGAGCGGCCCGCGCCUGCGGACCCCCCUCGCCCGACAGGUGGUGUCCGCGCGGCGCCGGCAGGAGACCAUGCAGGCGGCCGAGGACCACCUGAACCAGAACACCGUCCCCCCUUCCGCCGUGUCCAGGUCCAUCAAGAAGAUCACCAUCUCCGGGAACGGGGACGACACCGGCGGGGACAAGGCCGAGGAGGAGGAAGAGGAGGAGGAGGAGGAGGGACCGCCGAUUAGCGUGUGCCCGUCCGAAAACAACAACAACAACAACAACAACAACAUCACCGCCGGCUCGCACCCGCGGCUGCCCCGGGUCGUGGGGGUGAGCUGCGAGAACAAGGCCAGCUCGCAUUUUCAGGUUUUACUCCGAAAAGACGGCGAUGAUAAGCGUCCACCUCCCGGAGGCCAAACCAAAGUGAUCCCGAGCAGGGAGAAAUCCGUCCAGCAGAUUCCAGUGGCCGGGGGUCGGUCACCCAAGAAAGAGCUCCAGAAGAGAGAGAGCCCGGCACACACGCCGAACGAUGGGUCGGUAUCUGUGACAGCCCAGCUUGAUUGUUUCACCCAACGCACCUCUCUGUUCACCAAGGAAAUCCUGCAGGCGGAGGCAUGGAUCAAAGGCAAGCUGCAGGACUUGAAGGACGGCUGUAACAUCCAGCGCUGCCCCCUACAGGACUGGGAGGAGGCCUCGCAGACUCUGCUGAGAGACCUCAAACACUUUGAGAACACUCUCAUUCAGCUCAACCAGAUGGGCGAGCAGCUGAUCUGCAAGCUGAAUCCCACCUCGGACCUCGUGAGGAAGCAGCUCGGCCAACUCAGGGACCAGUGGCACGUCCUGAAACAGACCGCCGCCAAUCAGUCCAGGGCACUGGGCGGAGCCAAGAACCUGCAGGAGUUCAACAGGAAAGUGGACAAGCUGGAAGCAUGGAUCAAGGAGAAGCAGGAAGAGGAGCAGUCCCUCGUAAAGGUCCUCGGGGAAAACGCAGACAAAAUGCAGCUGACCCGGAGAAUCUUAGAUCUGAAACAGGAUGAGCAGCUAUACAGAAACCUCCACGAGGAGAUCAACCACUUGGCCCUGAAACUGGAGAAACAGGGGAAGACAGAUGGCAAAAACAUUGCCAGCAGAAGGAAAAACAUCAAUAAAAUGUGGCUGAAGGUCCAGUCCCACCUGAAGAACUACCACGAAAACCUUCAGCUGGCUCUGGAGGUGUCGUCGUUCUACCAGCAGGCCGACAACACGCUGUUCGCCAUCGGCAAUACGGCUAAAGGUCUACCCGCGUCCAAAGACCAGGAGACCUGCGGAGACAGGGAAAUCCGCGACAUAGCCAGCCAGAUCAUGAUGCUGGACGUCACAGUCUCCCAGCUGUCCAAUCUCCACCCCGCCUUGGCCGCUGGCGUCACCCAGAAGCAGAGCGAGGUGAAAGACUGCUGGGCGCUCCUCCAGAAGACCGUCAGGAGCGACAGGGCCGCCCUGCAGGCCGCCGGCUCCGCGUUCCCUAGGGAAGACGCCGACCUCCCGACACCAGCCGGAGAAGCGCAGUGCACUGUGGGAAUGGAGCCACCGAGGAUCAUGGGCAAGGAGGUGAAGGAGGAGCAGAACCGCCUGAAGGGCUGCGUGAUCACCCGUGAAGGUGGGAGCUGCAGACGAACAGCAGGCGACCACAGCCAGGAGCAGAAGUCGGGGAGCCACGGUGGCGCCUUACCCCUGGGAGACAGCCCCGCCCCCCUGGUGGAUGAUGUCACAGUCAGACAUCAGUCAGAAGGGGAAAGGAAACGACGAGCCGAGCCCAAGCUUGCCACCGCCUUGCAAGGCCACCCACAGCUACACAUCCAGCUGCAGAGGUUCACCGUAUCCGCUGACAAGACUCUUUCUUGGUUGAAAAAAAACGUAGCCAUGGCUACGCAGGCGUGUUCAGUGGUAGGCUACGAGGGGCUGGAGGCCGCCAAGAGGUGUCAGGACGCUUUGGAAGAAGAAAUCCUCUCCAACAGAGCCAGGAUAGAGGUUGUCAAAAAGGAGGGCCGUGGGCUGGUCCGGGCGCAGCACCCCGGCAGUGCCAAGAUUGAGGAGUUCCUCGGCCAGCUGGAGGUCCUUUGGGAAGAGCUACGAAGGAAGCACCAGAAGAACGCUCUUUUUCUGCAGGCCUCAGAGGAGCUGGGUUUCAGGGUUGUUAAAGUGCUGCAGGCCCUGGGCAGCCUGCAGGCCUGGCUGGAGUCCGUGGAGCUGUCCUUGAGGGAGUGCUCCUUGGCGGGGGACCCCGAGACGGUGAGCGCCGCCGAGAGGGAGAGCCGUCUGCUGCUGAGAGAGGUGGCGGCCCGCGGCUUGGAGCUCCACGCUCUCAGGCAAGAGGUGGAGAAGCUUCGCGGCCAAUGUCCCCCCCACGCACGCAGCUUGCCAGCCCGCAUGGAGGAGGUGGAGAGAAAGUACCAUCGUGUGCAGAGUGCCCUGACCCAGCAGAGCUCGGAGCUGCAGGACACACGCAUGCUGACCGAGUUCCUGGAGCGGGUGGAGCUGGAGGAGAGCCAGGAGCUCACCAGAGGCCAUUACAGCCUGGGACAGCCCUUCCACAGCGACAUUACGUCGACCCCCACCUUGCUGGGACUCCAAAGCGGCGGCGGAGGUGACCCCCUGAUGGAGAGCAUGGGAGACCCCGUGGAGGAGCUGCGGGAGGCUGUGGAGAUGUUGAACGACACUGUCAGAGAACGAGGCCGGGCACAGAGCCACGAGCAGGCCAUCCAGGAGCUGCUGUGCAAGCAUGCCAGUCUGACCGUGCAUGUGGAAGAGUGCCUGUGCUGCUGCAAGGAGCUCAGCAUGGACAUCCUGGAGAGAGAGACGGAUAUGGCCACCAAGUGCGAGCUGGACCAUUGUGGACUGGAGGGUCUGCAGGAGCAGCAGGACCAGCUGGAGGUCGACUGUGAGGUCAUCAGGGAGCAGGUUGAGGAGAUGAAGGCCCAGGCCUCUCGGUUGGAGGAGCUGUGCCCGGAUAAGCUACGCAUUCUGAGGGUUAAGAUCCAGGCAACCCUGCAGGCCUGGACGGAGCUGGGGGAGAGCCUGAUGGAAAACAGAAGACGGCUGCAGGAGUUUGUUCAGCUCCAGGACUUUUUCAGGAGCUACCUCGCAAUGAUCUUAUGGACUGAAGACACCCGUUCACGCAUUUUCUCUGACUUGACAUUACAUCAUGGGAAAGACGGGGAGGAGCCACUGGCCACGGAGCUGGACUUUCAGAUUGAGCAGAAGUUCGAGGAGUUUGAUGAGCUGUCAACCACGGGAAGCAACCUUUUACAUGCAGAGCACCACCUCAACAAGAUGGUAAGAGAGCGUAUGGAGGAACUCAGGAGCAUGCUUGGCUGGAUCCUUGUGCACUGGAGGGCUCAGAAACAACAGUGGCUUCUCAAGAGGAAACGAGAGGAGCCCUCCCAAGACAACAUCUACUCAGAGGCCACAGUAUGCUUGCCGCUUACGGAGGGAUUGGUUCCUAUGCCAGAGGACCAUGACUCUCAAAGAUCCCCAGCAGCGAGCACAUGCGAAGAUGGGCAGAAGUCGGCCACAGACACACAGACGUUAGCCACGCCGGAGAAACGGUCAGAGGAUGGGUACGAGGUGAUGAAGAGUAUUGGACCACAGGGAGGUGAAGUUGCCUCAUCAGAGUCCCCCAAGCCCCCCAUCCUGCUCCUCAAAGAGCCCAGCAGCCCCACGCGAGGGGGCACGGUCAACCUCAUUCUCAGCUUUGGCAACUCUGGGGAUGGCCAAGAUCAGCUGCUGGAGCCCCCUCCGAAGAUGGAGGAGGCAGCUGGGGAGACCUCUGAACCCAUCCACAGGGACCAGUCAUUGAGCUUACUUUCUGUUCAUAUGGGCCUGGAUGGGGUUUUUCAGCGGGACGUGGAGAAUCAGGAACAAAGCACGACCACAGGAGGGCAAUAUAACACCACGAGUGGAAAGCCUGAGCUCCUGGCUAUGGAGGGGACCCUUGAGAGGAAGCAAAAGCUGCAGCUGGGGGGCAAGAAAGCAUCCUCCAGAGCAUGGAACCCCUACCAUGCUGUCCUGUACAGACACACUUUGUGCUUCUACCAGGACAGAAAGGAUACACUAAGGAGUUCUGUGUGUGGCUUGCCGUUGAACCUUAUUGGAGCGGAGUGCUCACCGGCCCCGGAGUACACCAAAAAGCCAAACUGCUUCUGUCUGCGGCUGCGGGAUGGGUCCGAGUACCUCCUCAAUGCCUCCUCGCGCUUCUUGAUGAAGAAAUGGAUUCUUAAAAUACAAGCAAACACUGGUCUCAGUGAGUGCUCACCCUCGGCAUCAAAUGUCCCCGUCAUUCAAGACCUCAACAUUUCAUCCUCUUCCUGCAGAAACCAAUCUCCCCACUGUAGUUGUCAAGGUCCGGCCAAAUGCCGCUGCUCCUCUCCACAUGAUGUCACUUCCACUUUCCCCAGGCGCAAAUCCACAAGCACCGCUCAAGCCAAAGAGAUUGUUGUCCUCACGAGAGACUACAAUUACAUGUCACAGAGUCUCUCAAAGAGCUUGGAUGAGCCAGAUCACAUCUCAUCGUCGAAGACAGGCGGCGGUGACGAUGAUUUUCUGAGGUGGACUCCGACCCAGAGACUGUCCGGAGUCUACAGAGACAGCAGGUCUUUUUCCCCUCAGUCUUCUGAGUUCUGUGGUCCGGACUGGCCCGGCAACAAACGUCGCUCGCACUCCUUCACUUCAGCAACAUAUCAGAAGCUCAAGCCUGUGAAGGCGCCCCCUGGAGGCAGAGAGCAGGAAGGCAGCUCCAACUACUCGGUGACUCUGGUAAUAGGAGACAAGUCAUCGAACAUGACCUGGCAGCAGGACGCGUACCAGGACUCGGCUCUGAGGAGCUAUGCCAGCCUGCCGCGGCCUCGCAACAAGUCCGUCUUCAAGAAGUUCUUCGGGAGAAAGGACGGACACAUCUGAGUUCUGGAUCAACUCGACAGGGUUUUGACCAAAAUAUUUGAGAGAUAUUUUGAAAUGUGCAGUGCACAUCUUGGUCAAAGAACAAAAAAAAAAAAUCUACUCCAGACCGUAUUUAUGUUUGGAAGAGUCAGCGCAGUUUUAAUUUUGACACGCUUUGAGAAUUCACCCUCCGAGGUGAGAAGACACUCCUAAUGAUCGGUCCUCUAUUAUUUUUAUUAUUAUUUCUAUUAUUACAGUUCUGUGUUAUUCUGUGUGCACGAUUCUUUUUAGUGCUCGUGUGAAAGGAACAAAUAUUGUGUGAGUUUGCACUGUGGUAGUUGUAGACUCUGAUUUUAAAGGCACAUUUUCUUUUUCUUCCUUAUUUUGUAUACUGCCUUUUGUAUUUUUUGGACUGCUCUGUUGCUGGGUAAAAAAAUUGUGUAUUUUGCUAAACCCUCGUAAGACACGACUCUCUUAGGAAACUCUGCUAAUGUUUGGGACCGGCUGAAGCAACCUCACCCCGAUUUCGCUUUGUUCACAUUUUAACUCUAAACUGAAUUUAGACCACUUAACUUUACGCCUGAAGAUGAUUUGCCUACCUACAACGUACCCGUAUUGGCAGUUUGAAACUGUUUGUCAUCGAUUCCUUAUCAUUAACACGUGUUUAAUUUCUAAUUUGAGCAAGGGAUGGUCAUAUAAUAAAUCAUUUACCAGUA